CUCGUGAUGAGUGUGCUUCACAGAAACAGAAGUUGCUAACAGAAUCUGGUGGUUCUGGUUCAUGGCUCUCUCUCUCUCCUCUCAACCGCUCAAUUUUCCGGCCACAUAUUCUUCAUCCACCGGAAACCGCCACACUGCCGCCGUCUCCGCCGCAAGCAUAACAAACACAACAACAAGGAGACUAUCACUCACACGAAAGUUCGUCGCAAAAGCGUCAGAAAAGGACGAUGACACGCCGUCGUUUAAUCCGUUCGGUUUCGUAACAGAUAAUCCGUCAAGCCGGAACGCGAUUCAACUUCCAGAAGCUCCUGCUGAGGACGGAAACGUUGGACAAAUGCUCUAUAGAAUAGAAGAUAAGGGAAAGGAAUACGGUUCUUACAUCAAAUCUGGAGGCUUUACCUGGUUUGUGAGAGAAACAGGCACGUCUGAUGCUCGGCUUGGUCCACGUGGAACUGUUGUUUUCCUCCAUGGUGCUCCAACACAGUCCUUCGGUUAUCGGGUUGUGAUGUCUCAGUUGGCGGAUGCUGGUUUCCAUUGUUUCGCGCCUGAUUGGAUAGGAUUUGGUUUCAGUGACAAGCCACAGGCAGGAUAUGGCUUUGACUACACUGAGAAAGAAUACCAUGAACAACUGGAUAAAUUGCUCGACGUCCUGGAGAUCAAAUCUCCUUUCUCACUAGUGGUUCAGGGGUUUCUUGUAGGUUCCUAUGGAUUAACAUGGGCCUUAAAAAAUCCAAGCAGGAUAUCCAAACUUGUAAUGUUGAACACUCCUUUAACAGCUUCAUCUCCUAUCCCAGGACUGUUUCAACAACUCAGAAUUCCACUGCUUGGUGAAUUCACUUGCCAAAAUGCAAUAAUGGCUGAGCGAUUUAUUGAAGCAGGUAGCGCUUACGUCUUGAAGGUAGAAAAGGCUGAUGUUUAUCGGCUACCAUAUCUGAGAAGCAGUGGACCUGGAUUUGCUUUGCUUGAAGCUGCCAAAAGAAUCAACUUUAAAGGGACUUCAAGCCAAAUAGCCGAUGGCUUUGCAUCCGGGAGGUGGGAUACACCGAUAUUAGUUGCGUGGGGUAUAUCCGACAAAUAUCUUCCUCAGUCAAUUGCAGAGGAGUUUCAAAAAGGAAACCCGUCUGCGGUGACUCUGAAGUUAAUCGAAGGGGCUGGUCAUAUGCCUCAAGAAGACUGGCCUGAGAAAGUUGUUGAUGCUCUGAAAUACUUCCUCUGAUUAUGAAACCUUUCUGAGAGUAUAUUUCAUCUGAUAGGGAGAUUGUUUUGUAUGGUAAGACAAAUUAGUAGUACAUUGUAUAGUAUUUACAUUCAUUAUAUGUGAUGUCUAUAUGUUUUUUUAGAUAAUGUAGUCUUGUUUUUGUUAUUA